UGGACAGAAUAACAACAGUUGAUGUGAGAAGCAGUCGAUAAAGAUUGACCGAGUAGCGAAAUGUUAGCAUAAUUUCUCUGCCAGCCAGAUAUAGUGUAGCUUGCUAAGGUAGCUAGCUGGCGUUAGCCGACCAGUCAGCCGGUUUGAAGCCGCAGCAUGUCAGUGCACUUCGAGGAGAGGAGCGGUGUCGUGCCCUGCAAGACACCCUGGGGAUCCUGGUAUCAGACCAUGGACGAGGUUUUCAUCGAAGUCAACGUGCCUCAGGGGACGUGUGCUAAGGACGUCAAGUGCCUUUUGGGGACCCGAGACAUCGAGCUGCGUGUCAAAGGGGACGAGAUAUUCAAGGGAAAGUUGUUUGACACAACUGUGUCAGAUGAGGCUACAUGGACACUUGAGGACAAGUGUCUCAUCCAGAUCAUUCUGAUGAAGACUAACAGAGAGGCAGGGAACUGCUGGUCCUCCCUGCUGGAGGGGGAGUACUGUGCAAACGCCUGGGUCCAGGACCAGAUGCAGAGAAAGCUCACACUGGAGAGGUUCCAGCGGGAGAAUCCCGGAUUUGACUUCAGCGGCGCAGAGAUCUCUGGGAAUUUCGCUGGUGGCGGUCCGGACUUUUCCAGUUUACAGAAGUGACUGAUGCCAUGAUCUCAAACCUGUUACAUGUUGGAGAUGUCACUUCUACCCGAACACUACUGAGGACAUCCAGAACAUGCAGAGGAGCAGCGUGUUCAUCAGCUCUCCUGCGAGAAAAACAUUUGCCUUCAGAACUGAGCGGUUUACCAGACUGUUGUUAGACAGAGACACUUUUCACAGAGCAGCCCCGUCUGGUUUCUCUUGGCUGUGAGGGACAGAUUUUAUUUAGGCCUAAUUUGGCAACUUCAUGGGAACUGUUCUAUCUGCUUGUAAGAAGCCUGUGAGAUGGGCUGUUUUUUAAUAAUAAGAAUGCACACAGCAAUAGCUUUUCAAUAAAGUUUUAUUGAAAGGUUUAAGCACAUAGGUUAACCAGAUGGUGUACUCAAUUAGCCAUUCUGAACACAUUUUUAUUUUAGUCACUAAAACAAACUUAAACUAGACAGGGAACCUGGCAAAUAAAAAUGCAAUCCACAUUUCAAUC